CAGUUGACAGAAUACUACUAAGUCAUCAAAAACCCCAUGGCUCUUGAAAUUGUAAAGCGAAAACUUGUACCAGACAGCCCUCAUCAUUAUGAGGGUCUUGAAGACUUUGUACGUGACAUCCGAUUAAUCUUCAGAAAUUGUUAUGAGUUCAACCCAAAAGACACAGAAAUAUACCAGAAUGCUAAGAUCUUGGAGGACUUCUUCGAACAGUUGCUAGAAAAGUGGUUGACAGACUAUGCUUUUGAUGCCAUGGACACGCUGGAUGAACCAGAUACCCCAGAGCCAAAGAAGAAAAAAAAAUGA